CUCUCCACGUGUCCCAUCAGCCCGCGGAGGAGCUGUAUAUAUAAACCACUCACCGUUUCUGUGACACCACCGCUCACAUAUCCACCAGUUGCCCUACUUCCUCUUCUUCUAAAACUCUCUCAGCUUUCCGGCAAAAAAAUUCUCAGCAAGUAUGCCGAGCGAAGGAACCCUAAACUUCGUCGACAUCCUCAUCGCCAUCCUCUUGCCUCCUCUUGGUGUCUUCCUCAAGUUUGGCUGCCAUGUGGAAUUCUGGAUCUGUUUGUUGCUGACCAUUUUUGGUUACAUCCCUGGGAUUAUCUACGCCAUCUAUGCCAUCACCAAGUAAUACCUCAAAUAAUUUCGGUAGUAGAGAUGUGAAGGGCACAUAUGUCAUUUUGUUUCUGCAGUAUGGGAUUGUUUUCAGCCGUCUGAUUAUCUGGUGUAGCCAAGUGGAUGGUUGAUAGUUUCAUGUAGUGUGUCUCGGUGUGAUUGUUCAAUUUAUUUGUUUUUCUUUUCUCAUUUUUAAUUUUUGUCCUCCUUCCUUCAAAUCUCUCUGUUGUAAAGGUGGAUAUGGAUGGUAGUAUUGUGAUUACUGAUUAAUGUCUCUUAAAACAUUAAUCAUUUAUUUUUCAAUGUGAUUUGUGUUCUCAUUUCUCCCAA